AUGUCGACUAAAUCCUAUGCCACAUUGCUCUUCGCUUUCGUCAUCUUCUAUGACAACCUUGAAAGACCAACACCAACCCGCAGCUUGAGUCCCCCUCCACAAUUGGGUACCAUGCGCUGGUCCACCAAGCUUCACAAUACCUUCGAACGCAUUAAAUUUGGUAUCAGAGGCACCACUCUCCCCAGCGGCAUGCUUCCGUACGAAAUAUGGCUCUUAAUCGUCGAUGCCGUGGUUGACGACUUAGAAUCGACAGUCGAGCCAUUAACAUGGGUAUUGACCGGAUAUGAGUCCGAAAAGGUGACCGAUGAGAAUCGCUGUCUCAUGCUCGAUCAAAGCAAACCGCCCUGGUUUUACGGAAUCGAGCACUUCUUGAUUGACGACGCCAGAAACUGUGAAAAGAGCAAAAUCAAGCACCGGCAAGAUGCCAUGGAAGUCCUGUAUAACUUUACACUGGUCGACCGCAGAACUCGAGAGAUUAUCAACAGACGACUACCACGAUGUACCUUUCUCCAUAGGAAUUGGUUCGAGCGCGACGUCCUGCUCCGCAUUCUCACAUGA